AUGGCUUAUGGGGUUGCAGAGGUUUGGUUCAUGAUUAUUGAUCUAAACGCGUGUCAAAUCGACGGCUGGACUACAAUAUGCCGGAUAACUAUUCAAAUCGCCCGACUAUGUGUCCUGAUCACCCUCCUGAUCAUCAUUCUUAUUCGAAGAUUUUAUCCAAGACGACGUCGUAGUGGAUCUGAUGAGGAGAACGAGCCACUCCUGGCAGGAUCCAACCAACCCAGAAGGGAACAGCCCAUGCAUUCGAUUGAUGAGGCUGAUGAAGGCCAAACACCUGGCGACCAAAUGGGUUUUCGAGAGAUGUGGAAUGCAUUCAAACACAUUCUCCCCUUUCUGUGGCCGAAAGGCAAGGCAAAUCUCCAGUUGCGGUUUAUUGGAACUUUCCUCCUUGUCUGUUCCCAGCGGGUACUUGGUGUUCUUAUAGCACUACAAGACGGGUAUGUCAUCAACAGACUUAUGAAAAUGGAGAUGCCAUGGAGUGAAUUGUGCAUGGUGUUAUUUCUCCGAGUCUUGAAGUUUGGUUGUGUGAUCUUAUAUGACCUUUUUUGGAUGCCGAUUACUUAUUGGUCAAUCGGGAGGCUUCUUAUAGAGCCCCACAGCAAGAUAUUGGAUCUGUCCAAGGACUUCCAUGACGCCAAGGAGUCUAGUAAAUUAUGGGAAGGUCUCAACCGUGGCCUAGGCAUCAACAGUUCUUUCAACCGAUUGAUUACAGACAUAGUCCCUAUGCUUGCCGAUCUUGUUCUAGCACCAGGUCUCCUCCUAACAACUUUAGGGCCGUACAUGGGGUUACUCAUGACAUCUAUAGCAAUAUUUUAUGUCUGGUUGAAUGGGGAAUUCUUGGCUAGGACACUUCAGUUGCAGAGAAAGAGAAACUCCAUGCUCGGGAGAGAAAAGACCGUCCUACAUGAGACCACUGCAAAUUGGAAUACUGUGUCAUUAUUCAGCCGAGAGACAGACGAGAAGCUACGUUACAGCGAAGCAGUUCAUGACAGUAUCGACGCUCGCCGGUCGGUUACAUAUCUGGGUUUGGGCCAAUACGCUGUACAAUCGAUAGUCUUGUUGACUGGUUACAUUGGCGUCUGCCUUCGCGCUGCAUAUCAGAUCUCUCAAGGCCGUCUACUCCUUGGCCGUUAUCUGACGUGUAUUUCUUUUUGGGAUAGAUUCAGCGGCUCUCUCAAAUCGGCUCCGGCUCUGUUUCAGUCCAUCGCUUCGAGUUUAGUCGACGCGGAAAAUAUGGUCAAGCUUCUUGAGCAACAACCAUCUAUAGUGAACAGCUCUACGGCGGAGCGGCUUUGCAUCGAAGAAGGCGACGUGGAAUUUCACAAUGUGGAAUUUAAAAUAAAAGACCAAUAUAUCUUGAACAAGGUCUCUUUCCGUUGUCCAGGUGGCCGCACGACAGCAAUAGUCGGGGCGAGCGGAGGCGGUAAAUCGACAUGCCUGAAUAUGCUCUUUCGAUUUUACGAUGUGACCGGGGGAUAUAUUAAGAUUGACGGACAAGAUAUUCGCGACGUGACAUUAGAUAGUCUUCGAGGCACAAUUGGGUUUGUGCCUCAAGAACCACAAUUUUUCAACACAACAAUCCGAGAAAAUAUUCAAUAUGGGAAUGAAUACGCCACAGAGGAGGACAUCUAUUCAGCUUGCCGGGACGUUGGAUUGCAUGAUAAAAUCAUGACUUUCCCGAAGAAAUAUGAAACUGUGAUCGGUGAACGUGGUGUUAAACUGUCUGGUGGUGAGCGACAAAGACUGGCGAUCGCGCGACUAAUUAUUAAGAACCCGCAAAUUUUGCUUUUUGACGAGGCUACAAGUGCAGUUGACACUGAAACUGAGGCUAUCAUUCAACGGAAUAUAUCUCGACUGUCCGCGGGACGAACUGUCAUCGUCGUUGCGCAUCGCCUAUCAACGGUUGUCAACGCGGACAGCAUUAUUGUCAUUAAAAAUGGAGUUGUUGUAGAGCAGGGAAGUCAUGAGGAGUUAUUAGAACAAGGAGGGUAUUACAAAAAAUUGUGCUCUCAGAAAACUGAGCUACAAUGA